CUCCUUGGCGCCUGCCCGUCCCCCGGGUGUCCAUCCUGACUGCAGGGUAAAGAGCUAACAAAGAGGAAGAUAGGAGUUAUCUGACUCUUUUCAUCUGAACUCUCCACAAAAUGAGCAAUUACACAGUAACCCUGAGUGGACCUGCACCAUGGGGCUUUCGGCUGCAGGGAGGAAAGGACUUCAACAUGCCUCUUACAAUCUCCAGGAUCGCACCCAGCAGCAAGGCAUCCAGUGGAACCCUGGUUCAAGGUGACAUCAUCACAGCCAUUGAUGGGGUCAGCACUGAAGGCAUGACCCACCUGGAUGCCCAGAACAAGAUUAAAUUAGCAACUACCAAGCUGAGCCUUAGCAUGCAAAAGUCAAGACGUCCAGCCCCUGUGCCCACAGCUACACCAAGAAUAGACUCACCAAUGCCUGUUAUUCCUCACCAGAAGGUCAUUGCCAACACAGCUGCCAAUCAAGAGUACGUUCCCAGCUUCAACCCCAUUGCGCUGAAGGACUCUGCUCUGUCAACUCACAAGCCCAUUGAGGUAAAGGGCCCAGGAGGUAAAGCCACUAUCAUCCACGCCCAGUACAACACCCCCAUCAGCAUGUACUCACAAGAUGCCAUCAUGGAUGCUAUUGCUGGUCAGGCUCAGGCAAGAGGCAAUGAUAUGAGUGGUGAAGAAGCUGCUGCUGGAUCUCCCCUUGGUUCAAUCCUUGUCAAAGAUCCUCUGGUGGACAGUGCUUCUCCUGUAUACCAGGCUGUGAUAAAACCAGAGGAUAAAGAGAAUGAACUUUCUGACUGGGCUCGCCGUGCUGUCAACCUGCAGUCCAAAUCCUUUCGCAUCCUUGCACACAUCACAGGGACCGAAUACAUGCAAGAUCCAGAUGAGGAGGCUCUAAGGAAAUCAAGGGAAAAGUUUGAAUCAGAGAUGAAGGGUCCACGAUUUGCCAAGCUGAAAAACUGGCACCAUGGGCUUUCUGCACAGAUCCUGAAUGUCCAGGAGUAAUCACUACAUGAGGCAUUUAAAGAUAUUAUGAAGGCAACCUAGAAGAUAAAGGGAAGGCAUCACAGAAAAGUAGCUGGAACGUGAAAAAAAGAGUCGCAUUAGUCUUUGAGAAUAAAGCAGUAGAUUAGUAUUUAAAAGUAGAAUAAGCUCCCCUUGCUGCUCUGAGCUCCUAUGUCAAUAUGGUUAUGUAUUUUCAUGCUAAUAAGAUACGUAGUAUAGUGCUUUUUUUCCCUCUUUAUCUCUUUGCUUGUCUGUUGUCUUUUCUCCUCCUAUGUUUUCUUUUGGCUGAUUGUUCUAAAUUAAAAUUACUUGUUGAUGUACAAAGAUAAAUCAUAGAGAAACUAUGUAUACUAUGCAUUGCACCACCAUAUCUCAUGCAAACAUAUAUCAAAUGUACUGUUAUUAAUGUGAAUAAAACGUGUAUGAUUUUAGGAAUUAGAAA